GCUGACCUGGGAGAGCAGAUUGACAACCUGCAGAGAGUCAAGCAGAAGCUGGAGAAAGAGAAGAGCGAGCUCAAACUGGAGCUGGAUGAUGUUGUGUCCAGUAUGGAGCAAAUUGUCAAGUCCAAGACCAUCCUGGAGAAAACUUGCAGAACUUUAGAGGAUCAAACAAAUGAAUACAGAACAAAAUGUGAUGAAUACCAAAGAUCUCUCAAUGACUUCACCACCCAGAAAGCCAAACUUCAAGCUGAGAAUGAUGAGCUUUCAAGACAAAUGGAGGAGAAAGAAUCACUUAUUUCUCAGCUCACCAGAGGAAAAAAUUCCUACAAUCAACAGCUUGAAGACCUAAAACGACAACUGGAAGAAGAGAUAAAGGCCAAGAAUGCAUUAGCCCAUGCGGUGCAGUCUGCUCGCCAUGACUGUGACCU